CAGGUAGGCCUCAGACCACUUUUGCUAUAAGACAAAACCAAAACAACGCAGUAUAGUGUAGACUAUACACUAUACUGCGUUGUUUGGUUUUAGCUCUACACUGUAGAGCGAAGCUGCUUGGAUCUGCAAAGACUCGCAGCUUCUAACUGGAUAGAAGGUCAACUAGCAGCUGCGGCGUCACGGUAAUUGUUUUACCCUUUAUGAGAGUAAAUGGUAGGACAAUGGAGUGACUACUUCAUCUGGUUAUCUACAGGACAACACUACAGGCAACGUGCAGGAGCCGUCAUGACGGACAUUUGUUACAGUUGUAGUACUUGUUGUAUUAUGUUCCCAUUGAAACAUUGGUGUCUGUACAUGAGGUAUGCUACAGGAGCAUUAAAGAGUGAGGCUGAUUCCAAGUUGUAUCAUUGUCACGCUAAACUUCCGCCAUCGGCUGAGGACAUUUUGGGGCCUUUUCUCUGGGCUCUGUGCGUCCCAUUCAGCAGGACGGGCAAAUGUGAAACUGUCCUGGGCUACUAUAGUACACAGUCUCUGCAGAAGCAGCUGAAAAACUGAUGCCCACAACCUUAUGAACUGUUCAGAACAGGUGGGUGGAAAAGUCCGUGUUUUCUUCUGUCCCUCUCCAGUGCCGUUUUUUUUUUCUAACACGGGCACUAGACCUAGAGUACAUAACCUCGCUUCACAGAGGUUCACACUUGAGAAUAACCUUUUUAAUGGAGUCUAACAUCCUGAGAAUCACUAUCUGAUGGAAGGCACUCUCCCGACAGAAGGAAUCUCUUUCGUGUUUUUGAAUUGUUGGCCAGUUGUAUAGGUGUGCUGCUGGUUAAUGAAGUGGUCACUGUUAUCACUUAAUGUACCAGGCUGCUAACGUGGCAGUGGUUUGACCACAAAACAACAGACUGUGUAGAAGACAUUUAGCACAGGAUGUGUUUGAGGUUUUCCUCAACAGGGGAGUUGGUUUAAAUGCAUCUCACAUUCAGACUGAAAGAGCUGACGUCUGUGGUGAACCUGAGCUGAGUCUACAUGGACUGAGAACAACUGUGUUGGUGUGACCCAGUAGCAUCUGUUUAUAAGAAGCUGAUAAGAGACAGGAUCAGUGUCAUCCUCAAACUUGUCUAACCUAUAAAAAUUACAACACUAAAUUUGGCUGUACUGCUACAGGACUACCUUUAAUUAUUUCCUUAUUAAGAUGAUAAUAUGACUGAAUCCAUCUAUUUCAGGUGAGUUUAGCGCUGCCCAACUAUUAAAGAAUUAACAGCCACAAGUCCACAAACAGUUUCUUUAAAUACAAUCAAAAUCCUAUAUAGGGUCUAUGGUAAAAAAUGAUGACGCAUUUAUAUCACUGAUUUAAUUUUGAUUUUUUGAUUAGAAUCUUUUGCCCACACUGCUGAUCUGAUGAGCUGCUAAACUGCUUUUCAUUAUUUGUUAACAGUGACAAUCAAAGCCUCUUGAAUCUUUUGAAAUAGUGUAAUCACACAAUACUAACACAGAACACAUCCUCUGUCCAGGUUUAAUUUGCUCAGGUUAUUUUGCUUCCAUCUAAACGACAUCUAUUUCCUUCUACAGUGUAUCGAUCAAACUGAACAUAACUAUGCUGCAGAAUAUUUGUUGUAUACUCCAGUUCGUCCUGGAGCCUUGCUUAUUUUCCACUGAAGCAGCGGGUCAUCACCGCAGAAGAGGAGUGAGGAAAUACAAGAGGAAAGUUGUUGCUGCUGUGAUGAUGCAGAGGUGAUAAUAAUCUCUGGAAGUUUUAAUUGCAGAUCCUAAUCUUUAAUAUCUAAUGAGAAUCAGACUUGUUGGCCAAGGGAGAAGUGGUUUGCUGUGAAUCAUCAUCAUCUCCUCUUUAGAUGGAUCUCAAGCUUUAUUCAUUAGUUACAUUUCAAAGUAAAAGGCAUUGGUAUAUGGGACCGUUGUGAGUGGGAGUGGCACUUUUUUUCAUUGAUAUUUUUUUCUAUAAACCUGUAUCAGACUUGUGUAUGAAACGCCAAAAAUCGUUGUAAUGUUUUGAACGUGGGCCACACAAAUCUCGCCAUCGGCCGUGGAAAACAGAACAGAACUUACUUUUACUAAUUUAAAGUUAAAGCUCAGAACUAGAAUAUUAACUAUGAAAACGACACUUUCUGUGUAUGAGGAGGCGGUGUUACAAGCACACUUAGCCUCCUUUCCCACAAGAAAGCAGAACACUGACAUAUUUCCUCUGAGCAUGGUCUGGUUUCAUAUAUAUCCCCGUCUUGUUCACGACUGAUUGCUGUACUGUGUCUGUGGUACGUGUCUGACCUGGUUUCACUUAAAAAAACACACACACAAAAAAACCGAGAGAAUAGUUUAAACCAUUUUAAGAUAUGAUUGAGUGGCAUCUGAAUGACUAAACCAGUAUGAUGGCUGAACACACACACCUGAUCUGGACCCUGGUGCUGCUGCUUCUGUCUGAUGUAAUCUCCAGUGACUGGGAUGUGCAUGUGGAGCCAGUUCUAUGUGCAGUCAAAGGCUCCUCUAUCGACAUUCCCUGCUCAUUCACAUAUCCUGUUGGUCAGACUGUAAAGAAUGUGGCGUGGGCUCACCAUGAAGCUGCCUUUGUCAAAGGUCCUUUUGUGUUUGAAAGCACAUCAGAACCUACAUCGACAAAGUUUCAGUACCUUGGUGACAAACUCCAUAAUUGUUCUUUAAGAAUAUACAAAGUAGAAAACAGAGAUGCUGGGGAUUAUGCAUUCAGAUUUUGGACCGAUCGUGACCGCUGGACUGGUUACCCAGGCGUCAAUUUAAAUGUUAGCGAUCUGAAGAUCAUACAGUCCAAUGGGAACAAGGUGAUAACAGAGGGCGACAAUGUAAAGCUGACCUGCAUCAUUGGCUGCAAAGACCACAGUCAUUUCCAGUGGUAUAAGAAUGGACAUCCCAUAAUUGAAGGACCCUCACUUUAUUGGAACAACAUUUCCUCCAACAACUCUGGGAACUACAGCUGUUCCAUAAAAACACACCCACAGGCAACUCCAGGAGUCGUCAGUAUCAACGUAGAAUAUGGUCCAAAGAACACAUCAGUAUCUGCAGAACCAGGACUGGAGGUCUAUCGAGGCAGUAAAGUUACUCUCACCUGUAGCAGUGAUGCAAACCCCCCGGUCGAGACAUUUACCUGGUUUAAAAUUACUUCUGAUCAUCUUGUAAAAGUUGCUGGGAACAAGUCUGAGCUGGUCUUUUGGGAAUGUCCUCAAGAUGCAGAAGGACGGUACUUUUGCUGUGCCACUAAUAAACAUGGAAGCAAGAACUCUUCUGUUGUAGAGCUAACCGUCACAGGUUUUCUCGUCAGAGACAUAGUCAUCAUCUCUGCUGCAGUUGUUGUUGUAACUGUACUGCUUAUUGGCAUCGCUGCUCUAACCUUUAGCAGAAAACUCAAAACAUUGUCAUGUGCAGCAGAGAACGAGCAGAACAGCCCAAAGGAUGCAGUCUACGUCAAUUGGCAUGUGUCUGACAUCGGCCAAUCACAAGAGAGAGAUAAGAGAGAACAACCCGUCAAGCAAAUCAUUUAUGCAACUAUUGACUUCAACAAUAAGACAAAGACAAAUAUGCAGCAGCAGCAGACGGGCUCUGGUACUAGUGACGAGAGUGUGACUUACAGCACUGUGUGCAGGAUCAAAAUGCUGAACCCUCAUGAGUUGGAAAUCCAAUCUUAGGACGGGCUUGUUGAUUCAAGGAGAAAAAA